AUGGCGUCCCCGACUUCACUGCGGUUCGCCGUGGUUUUCGCAGUCAUCCUUCUCGUCGACUCUCUGUACCUUCCGAUUGAGCACCAGUUGGCCGAGAGGAACAACGGAAAACACAUUCACAGAAUUGCUAAGAAGAAAUCUGGUGAGUCUUAUGACAGCUUUUGAAGUACGCGGAACGGAAUGUGUACAAUUCAGGCGGUAAUGGUGGAAACGGAGGUAAUGGCGGUGACGCCUCUGGAUCUGGCAACGGAGGAAACGGAGGAUCCGGGGGAAACGGAGGAAAUGCAUCUGGAUCUGGAGAUGGAGGAAACGGCGGAAACGGAGGAAACGGAGGCGACAGCUCCGGCUCUGGAAAUGCUGGAAACGGAGGAAACGGAGGAAAUGGUGGAAGCAGCAGCGGUGCAUCGACGGCCGCUCCAGUGACAUCAACAUCUGCCUCAGGAGCAGGAAAAGGAGGAUAUGGAUACAGCGGAGGAAGCAGUUCAGGAUACAGCAGCGGAGGAAACGGCGGAAGCGGAGGCAACGGAGGCAAUGGCGGUGAUAGCUCUGGAAGCGGCAACGGCGGUAACGCUGGAAAUGGUGGCAACGGAGGCAACAGCAGCGGAUCAGGAGAUGGUGGAAACGGAGGUAAUGGAGGCAACGGAGGCAACAGCAGCUGGAUCUGGCAGAUGGCGGAAACGGCGGAUCGGGGACGGUAACGGAGGCAACAGCUCUGGAUCUGGCGAUGGCGGAAACGGAGGUAAUGGAGGCAACGGCGGUAGCAGCAGCGGAUCAGGAGAUGGUGGAAAUGGUGGUAAUGGAGGCAACGGAGGCAACAGCACUGGAUCAGGAGAUGGUGGAAACGGAGGUAAUGGAGGCAACGGCGGUAGCAGCAGCGGAUCAGGAGAUGGUGGAAACGGAGGAAAUGGAGGCAACGGAGGCAACAGCACUGGAUCUGGCAGUGGCGGAAACGGCGGAUCGGGCGGUAACGGAGGCAACAGCUCUGGAUCUGGCGAUGGCGGAAACGGAGGUAAUGGAGGCAACGGCGGUAGCAGCAGCGGAUCAGGAGAUGGUGGAAACGGAGGUAAUGGAGGCAACGGAGGCAACAGCAGCUGGAUCAGGAGAUGGUGGAAACGGAGGUAAUGGAGGCAACGGCGGUAGCAGCAGCGGAUCAGGAGAUGGUGGAAACGGAGGUAAUGGAGGCAACGGAGGCAACAGCAGCGGAUCAGGAGAUGGUGGAAACGGAGGUAAUGGAGGCAACGGAGGCAACAGCAGCUGGAUCAGGAGAUGGUGGAAACGGAGGUAAUGGAGGCAACGGAGGCAACAGCACUGGAUCUGGCAGUGGCGGAAACGGCGGAUCGGGCGGUAACGGAGGCAACAGCUCUGGAUCUGGCGAUGGCGGAAACGGAGGUAAUGGAGGCAACGGCGGUAGCAGCAGCGGAUCAGGAGAUGGUGGAAACGGAGGUAAAUGGAGGCAACGGAGGCAACAGCAUCUGGAUCAGGAGAUGGUGGAAACGGAGGUAAUGGAGGCAACGGAGGCAACAGCACUGGAUCUGGCAGUGGCGGAAACGGCGGAUCGGGCGGUAACGGAGGCAACAGCUCUGGAUCUGGCGAUGGUGGAAACGGAGGUAAUGGAGGCAACGGCGGUAGCAGCAGCGGAUCAGGAGAUGGUGGAAACGGAGGUAAUGGAGGCAACGGCGGUAGCAGCAGCGGAUCAGGAGAUGGUGGAAACGGAGGUAAUGGAGGCAACGGAGGCAACAGCUCUGGAUCAGGAGAUGGUGGAAACGGAGGUAAUGGAGGCAACGGAGGCAACAGCACUGGAUCUGGCAGUGGCGGAAACGGCGGAUCGGGCGGUAACGGAGGCAACAGCUCUGGAUCUGGCGAUGGUGGAAACGGAGGUAAUGGAGGCAACGGCGGUAGCAGCAGCGGAUCAGGAGAUGGUGGAAACGGAGGAAAUGGAGGCAACGGAGGCAACAGCUCUGGAUCAGGAGAUGGUGGAAACGGAGGUAAUGGAGGCAACGGAGGCAACAGCUCUGGAUCAGGAGAUGGUGGAAACGGAGGUAAUGGAGGCAACGGAGGCAACAGCACUGGAUCUGGCAGUGGCGGAAACGGCGGAUCGGGCGGUAACGGAGGCAACAGCUCUGGAUCUGGCGAUGGUGGAAACGGAGGUAAUGGAGGCAACGGCGGUAGCAGCAGCGGAUCAGGAGAUGGUGGAAACGGAGGAAAUGGAGGCAACGGAGGCAACAGCUCUGGAUCAGGAGAUGGUGGAAACGGAGGUAAUGGAGGCAACGGAGGCAACAGCACUGGAUCUGGCAGUGGCGGAAACGGCGGAUCGGGCGGUAACGGAGGCAACAGCUCUGGAUCUGGCGAUGGCGGAAACGGAGGUAAUGGAGGCAACGGCGGUAGCAGCAGCGGAUCAGGAGAUGGUGGAAACGGAGGUAAUGGAGGCAACGGAGGCAACAGCAGCUGGAUCAGGAGAUGGUGGAAACGGAGGUAAUGGAGGCAACGGAGGCAACAGCACUGGAUCUGGCAGUGGCGGAAACGGCGGAUCGGGCGGUAACGGAGGCAACAGCUCUGGAUCUGGCGAUGGCGGAAACGGAGGUAAUGGAGGCAACGGAGGCAACAGCAGCGGAUCAGGAGAUGGUGGAAACGGAGGUAAUGGAGGCAACGGAGGCAACAGCAGCGGAUCAGGAGAUGGUGGAAACGGAGGUAAUGGAGGCAACGGCGGUAGCAGCAGCGGAUCAGGAGAUGGUGGAAAUGGUGGUAAUGGAGGCAACGGAGGCAACAGCACUGGAUCUGGCAGUGGCGGAAACGGCGGAUCGGGCGGUAACGGAGGCAACAGCUCUGGAUCUGGCGAUGGCGGAAACGGAGGUAAUGGAGGCAACGGCGGUAGCAGCAGCGGAUCAGGAGAUGGUGGAAACGGAGGUAAUGGAGGCAACGGAGGCAACAGCAGCGGAUCAGGAGAUGGUGGAAAUGGUGGUAAUGGAGGCAACGGAGGCAACAGCACUGGAUCUGGCAGUGGCGGAAACGGCGGAUCGGGCGGUAACGGAGGCAACAGCUCUGGAUCUGGCGAUGGUGGAAACGGAGGUAAUGGAGGCAACGGAGGCAACAGCUCUGGAUCUGGCGAUGGUGGAAACGGAGGUAAUGGAGGCAACGGAGGCAACAGCAGCGGAUCAGGAGAUGGUGGAAACGGAGGUAAUGGAGGCAACGGCGGUAGCAGCAGCGGAUCAGGAGAUGGUGGAAAUGGUGGUAAUGGAGGCAACGGAGGCAACAGCACUGGAUCUGGCAGUGGCGGAAACGGCGGAUCGGGCGGUAACGGAGGCAACAGCUCUGGAUCUGGCGAUGGCGGAAACGGAGGUAAUGGAGGCAACGGCGGUAGCAGCAGCGGAUCAGGAGAUGGUGGAAAUGGUGGUAAUGGAGGCAACGGAGGCAACAGCAGCGGAUCAGGAGAUGGUGGAAACGGAGGUAAUGGAGGCAACGGAGGCAACAGCAGCGGAUCAGGAGAUGGUGGAAACGGAGGUAAUGGAGGCAACGGCGGUAGCAGCAGCGGAUCAGGAGAUGGUGGAAAUGGUGGUAAUGGAGGCAACGGAGGCAACAGCAGCGGAUCAGGAGAUGGUGGAAACGGAGGUAAUGGAGGCAACGGAGGCAACAGCAGCGGAUCAGGAGAUGGUGGAAACGGAGGUAAUGGAGGCAACGGCGGUAGCAGCAGCGGAUCAGGAGAUGGUGGAAAUGGUGGUAAUGGAGGCAACGGAGGCAACAGCACUGGAUCUGGCAGUGGCGGAAACGGCGGAUCGGGCGGUAACGGAGGCAACAGCUCUGGAUCUGGCGAUGGCGGAAACGGAGGUAAUGGAGGCAACGGCGGUAGCAGCAGCGGAUCAGGAGAUGGUGGAAACGGAGGUAAUGGAGGCAACGGAGGCAACAGCUCUGGAUCUGGCGAUGGUGGAAACGGAGGUAAUGGAGGCAACGGAGGCAACAGCAGCGGAUCAGGAGAUGGUGGAAACGGAGGUAAUGGAGGCAACGGCGGUAGCAGCAGCGGAUCAGGAGAUGGUGGAAAUGGUGGUAAUGGAGGCAACGGAGGCAACAGCACUGGAUCUGGCAGUGGCGGAAACGGCGGAUCGGGCGGUAACGGAGGCAACAGCUCUGGAUCUGGCGAUGGCGGAAACGGAGGUAAUGGAGGCAACGGCGGUAGCAGCAGCGGAUCAGGAGAUGGUGGAAACGGAGGUAAUGGAGGCAACGGAGGCAACAGCUCUGGAUCUGGCGAUGGUGGAAACGGAGGUAAUGGAGGCAACGGAGGCAACAGCAGCGGAUCAGGAGAUGGUGGAAACGGAGGUAAUGGAGGCAACGGAGGCAACAGCAGUGGUGGUGGAUCUACAUCAGCUCCAGGAGCUUCGACUGCGGUCCCAGGAGCUUCCUCUUCUGCUCCAGGAGCAUCUUCUGUUGCUCCAGGAGCAUCUUCUGCUGCUCCAGGAGCUUCGACUGCGGCCCCAGGAGCUUCUUCUUCUGCUGCUCCAGGAGCAUCUUCUGCUGCUCCAGGAGCAUCUUCUGCUGCUCCAGGAGCUUCGACUGCGGCCCCAGGAGCUUCUUCUUCUGCUGCUCCAGGAGCAUCUUCUGCUGCUCCAGGAGCUUCGACUGCGGCCCCAGGAGCUUCUUCUUCUGCUGCUCCAGGAGCAUCUUCUGCUGCUCCAGGAGCUUCGACUGCUGCCCCAGGAGCUUCCUCUUCUGCUCCAGGAGCUUCAACUGCAGUCCCAGGAGCAUCUUCUUCUACUGCUCCAGGAGCAUCUUCUUCUUCGGCUCCAGGAGCAUCUUCUGCUGCUCCAGGAGCUUCGACUGCGGCCCCAGGAGCUUCUUCUUCUUCUGCUCCAGGAGCAUCUUCUGCUGCUCCAGGAGCUUCGACUGCAGCCCCAGGAGCUUCUUCUUCUUCUGCUCCAGGAGCAUCUUCUGCUGCUCCAGGAGCUUCGACUGCGGCCCCAGGAGCUUCUUCUUCUUCUUCUCCAGGAGCAUCUUCUGCUGCUCCAGGAGCUUCGACUGCGGCCCCAGGAGCUUCUUCUUCUUCUGCUCCAGGAGCAUCUUCUGCUGCUCCAGGAGCUUCGACUGCGGCCCCAGGAGCUUCUUCUUCUUCUGCUCCAGGAGCAUCUUCUGCUGCUCCAGGAGCUUCGACUGCGGCCCCAGGAGCUUCUUCUUCUUCUGCUCCAGGAGCAUCUUCUGCUGCUCCAGGAGCUUCGACUGCAGCCCCAGGAGCUUCUUCUUCUUCUGCUCCAGGAGCAUCUUCUGCUGCUCCAGGAGCUUCGACUGCGGCCCCAGGAGCUUCUUCUUCUUCUGCUCCAGGAGCAUCUUCUGCUGCUCCAGGAGCUUCAACUGCUGCCCCAGGAGCUUCCUCUUCAGCUCCGGCAGCCUCUACCGCAGGACCGUCCACGUCUCGUCCUUCUACGGCAGCAGGUGCGACAACCUCGACUCCUCAUCCUUCUACAGCCGCUCCUUCCACGAAAGGGGCAGUUGUUUCAACUGCGCGUCCUUCGACUGCUAAGCCAAGACCUUCCACCUCUAAGCCACGUCCAUCCACUAAGAAACCACAUAACCCAGGUAACCGUUCUUCUCUCUCUGACACCUCUGCUCAUUCCAGUCAUUUCCAGAUUCCUGCGAGGACGACCACACCAAGAAGCCGACGAAGCCGCACAAUCCUGAUUCUUGCGAGGAGCCAGGACACGGACAUCAAUACAGCGGAGGAAAGGGACCGUAUGGCGGAGGAAAGGGACCGUAUGGCGGAGGAAAGGGGCCGUAUGGCGGAGGAAAGGGACCGUACGGCGGAGGACAACAAGUGAUCAUCAUCGGUGCCGCGAAACCAACGAAAGCUUAG